GAGAGUGAGUGAGAGAGAGAGAAUGAAAGACUGUCACCUUCACUUUUGAUCUGCAAUACAUCCAGCUGCUUUUCCAAUCUCUUCGAUGUGGUCGGAGGAACUUGUAUAGCAGACUGAGAGCGUUUGACUGUGAAAAUGACACGCUCCUGCCUACAGUUGCUCAUAGACCUUCUGACUGAGUGGCAGAUUCACAGAACCCGCCUGGUGACCAAAGAUGGCCAUUGCAACAUUGAAUAUGCCAACGUGAGGUACAGCAGCUUGUUGGCCUACAUGCUAGAUAUAUGGACAACGUUAGUGGAGAUCCCCUGGAGUUUUGUCAUGUUCCUCUUCACGGCCUCCUUCCUUAUCACUUGGUUUGUGUUUGGCCUACUCUGGUACUGGAUUGCCCGUGAUCAUGGUGACCUGUCGUGGCAAAACCCACCAGAUUUCCUAAAUGCAUGUGUGGUUAAUGUCACUGGUCUUACUGCUGCCUUCCUCUACUCCUUGGAGACACAGACAUUUAUAGCCUAUGGUUGGCGAGCCAUCACUACUCUUUGCCCAGGUGCCAUAACUGUCUAUGUUAUCCAGGUUAUCCUUGGUACAAUCAUUACCUGCUUUUGGGGUGGGGUGGUCACAGCAAAGAUCUCCUUGCCCAGAAGAAGAGCCAAAGCCAUUGUGUUUAGUGAGAUGGCUGUCAUCUGCUGUAGACAUGAUACUCUCUGUCUGAAGAUACGAGUGGCCAACAUACGCAAAUCGCUGAUGAUUGGAACUCAAAUUUAUGGCAAGCUGAUCAAGACGACGGUCACACCUGAAGGGGAAACCAUUAUCAUGGACCAGGUCAACAUUGAUUUCAGAGUGGAAACUGGGAAAGACAACCUGUUCUUCAUCUCUCCAUUGACCCUGUACCAUGUGAUAGACAGAAAAAGUCCCUUCUUUGAGAUGGCAGCGGACAAUCUACACCAGCAGGACUUUGAGCUUGUGGUGUUUCUGGACAGUGUUGCCACAUACACUAGCUUAUCUUGCCAGGUUAGGACUUCCUACGUUCCUAAAGAGAUCAUGUGGGGUUACCAGUUCCUCCCCAUCAUCACUCGCAGUAAAGAGGGCAAGUAUCGUGUGGAUUUCUCCAACUUUGCCAGAGUUGUGCCCAUAUCAACUGCACACUGUGCCUACUGCUUCCACAGUGAGAGAGAACAGCAUCAUCACCCCAUACAUGGCACUGUCAAUGAGGGUUUUGAGAUGAUUGAAACCAGUGAGUUUUAGGGGCCGGGAAUGUUUCAGCACAGGGGCCAAUAUAGGUACCUUAAAUUACCAAUGUUUAACUAAUAGUAAGUAAACAAGUAACAACUGCAUUCAUUAAUAUUGUAUGUGAAAAGGAAAACACGGCUUCUUUUGGCCUGUUUCUUAUUAAAUUUGUACACAAUGCAAAGAAUAACUGGAACUGGAAAAAUUUAAUUUCUUAAAAAAAAAAAUUGAGACACAAAGAUUUGGUCCCACUUUAUAUUAAAUGUCUAAUUAGUAAUAACAAUGUACCUACUAAUGAUUUAGUCACUGUUACAGCUAUAUUGCAGAAGUACACCUUAUGUAAUUAUACAUGUGUAUCAACUUUGGUUUUGCUGCUUAAGUGUAUCUUAAUAGUUGUAACAGCCCAUUCUCUAUCAUGUAAUUGCACAAAAGUAAUAACACAAAUGUAAUUAAAUUUGCAUUCAGAUUGAAACAAUAUUUUUUAGAAGUUUUUUUUUUCCCCAGCAGUAAAAGGAGUUGUGUAAUGACUUAUAUUAAGAGAGUACUUACAUUGCACCUGCCAACUUUCCUACCAUUUGGCCAGGAUUUAUGUUGCUAGUGCUGUGACACUGUAACCAAUUUUAGCUUUAAACCAUUCUAUAAUGUGAGAGAACAGUAGACGUCCACUUACCUUAACAUGCUUUUAUGAUAUUAAUUAAAUGUGUUGAAUUAACCCCCAAAAGCAAUGUCUAUAUCACCACUGCAUUAUUACACAGUACCUACAUAACAGCUACACAGGAACUGUCCACUUAAUUGAACUUGUAAGUUUAA